UGUUGCGACUGUGGCCCAUGUAAUUCACAUUACGAGACAUACGCCCCCCGACGCAGGACGACGACACCGACAUUGCCAUUGGUGAGGGGCAGCCACGGCGUCGCUGUGGCCAGGACCGGGCAGCAUCCACGGCUGACCAGCAUUGGCAUAGGCUUGAGGAUUUGUUGGCUGUUGCUGCUGCUACCCCAGACCCCGGCUCAAGAUGCUGCAACAGCAACACCAACAGCAUUCCAAACAGCAGCAUCCGCCGGCCCUGCUGCCGCAGCAACCACAGCCAGGACGACGUCCCAGCAGGCUGGGCUAUCCCGUGGCGCUCCUAGUGGCGGCGAUGGCGCAUACAACGCAACUUAUAGUAUUCCAGCCCUCGGCUACGAGUCCGCCCACACCAGCAGCGGCCAUAGUGAUAAUUCCAGCGCAGCAACAGCCGAUUCCGAUUCCGACUCCGAGGAGGAUGCUAAGCCGAUGCUGCCACAGAUUCCGCCGUAUAUACGCACAACCGCCAUGUUCUUCUGCAUAGCCAUCAUGCUGCUGGGAGUUGUAGGGAACGUGAUGGUGCCCAUUGUGAUUAUUAAGACAAAGGAUAUGCGCAACUCCACAAACAUUUUCCUCACCAAUCUCAGCAUCGCCGACCUGCUGGUGCUCCUCGUCUGCACGCCCACCGUCCUCGUCGAGGUUAAUACGCGCCCAGAGACCUGGGUACUUGGCCACGAGAUGUGCAAGGCCGUGCCGUUCGUUGAGCUGACGGUGGCCCACGCCAGCGUUCUGACCAUCUUGGCCAUCUCAUUCGAGCGCUAUUACGCAAUCUGUGAGCCAUUAAAGGCCGGCUACGUCUGUACCAAGGGGCGUGCCAUCCUCAUCUGCGUCCUGGCCUGGGGCAUUGCUGCGCUUUUUACGAGCCCCAUACUGUGGGUGGCCGAAUACAAGUUGGCCGAAUAUAUUGAUGGAUCAUCGGUGGCCGUUUGCCUCACGCAGGCCAUCACCGAUUGGACCAUAGCCUUCUUUCUGAUGACCAUAACCGUGUUCUUCAUAAUGCCAUUCCUGACCCUGGUCGUGCUCUACGGCAUCAUUGCCAAGAACCUCGUCUCCAAUCAGAGCACCAUGCUGCGCGCCCGCCCCACCAAGCCGGAGCUAAGCCUAAGGGCCCGUAAGCAGGUGGUCCUAAUGCUCGGCGCCGUCGUUCUCUCGUUCUUCGUCUGCCUGCUGCCCUUCCGCGUGCUAACCCUCUGGAUCAUACUGAGCACGGACCAAACGCUGCACGAGAUUGGCCUGGUGCGCUACUACAGCCUGCUCUACUUCUGCCGUGUGAUGCUCUACCUCAACUCGGCCAUGAACCCCAUACUCUACAACCUCAUGUCCACCAAGUUUCGCAGGGGCUUUGCGCGGCUCUGCCACGAUGCUGGCCGAAUGCUGUUGAAGUUGCUCACGCUGGGACGGAGCAGCGACGGUGUGGGCGGCUCUCGCGGACGCAGUGGCACCAUCUCCACGGGCCUGGGCACCAAUACGAACACCAACUCGUCCAAUGCCACGGCGGCCACCAGCUCUAGCAUUUUGUCACGCAGCUCCAAUCGACGAUGCAGCGAGGACAUCAGCCGCACCCGCCUGAAGAUUGAGCUGCAGUUGCCCUGCGGCAGUGAUCUGGAAGCCAUGGCCAUGCUCCAUCAUUCCGGGACGGGCAAACGGAUGGCCAGGCGGGAGAGUGAUAGCCGGCUAAUGGGCUUGAAGAACUCACAUCCGUAUCCGAGGCGCCACAAGCCUCAAAUCAGUUUCGACGAGGAGACACUGCGCGAUGCAAAGGAAGCUGAAAAUCUAGCCUGAGUAGACGGGACAAUCGGCGGCGGGGGAGGAAGGCGUGAAAAAUCGCUUGUAACCCGUUUACACAUUCGCUUCACUUGACUGGAAUGUGUCGAAGGCGGUUUGUUCUGAUCCUGGUCCCCGACACGCCUGCACAAAUUGUAUUUUGAACGCUUUUUGCAACCAUAAUCGAUUCCAUUCAACCGUUGACAGCCAGUCCUGCCAGUCCAGCCAGUAGUGCCUGCUCCUUGGACAUUUCCGUACAAAAAACAAUCAAUUUUUCGGGCUAUUAAACUCGAAUGAAUGUGCCAAAGAUAAAUAACAGCAACGACAGCCAAACAGCAGCACUACAACUACUGGACGGAGAAAGGGCACAUCUCAACGGGAGAAUGGUGACGGACCGGGACUGCCUGCGUCUGGGGCCGCCAUUAAACGACGGGCUCUGGAGGAAAGGCAAAUGGAAAUGGCUUAAUAUGCGUUUGGGAACCCCAUCAGAGCGGCGGAUAAACAUGAUUUAGGUGUAUUGAAAUAGUUUCCUUUCGUUAAGGCCGUUUGCCGCCUGCCAAUCGACGGCCAUGUUUUGGGCCCAUUCCAAAAUGGCUGCCAUUACACGGGCAAGCCAUAGGAAAAAUGGGCGAAAAAAAACUGUUGCCUACUUUGCUGCGGCCCAAAAAAAAAAUGUUCACACAUCCGAAUGCAAACACAGUUGUAUAUACAAGCAUACACAUCCACACAUAAUGUUAAACCCAUGCAUAAAUACGUAAAUAUUUAUAUAUUAUUUAAACAAUACAUAUAUAUACUCGGCUUAUGAAUAUACUAGAACCCACACACACACACCCACACACGCACGCAUAUAUAGCAAAAGUGACGAGCUUGUAAGUAAAUAAAUUUUCUAUGACAACAACUCACUCAAUGGGUCAAGGAAAUCGGUUAUUUUGAACAUACC